CAGUUCCUGUCACCAUCCUGUUGGAACGGACGCCUGCCCACCAUGAUCCGCAGAUUCCGGACGGAGACUCAGGAGAGGAAGCCGAGACAAUGAUGCCACAGUGCGGAACGGAGCCUCCCUCUUCCGGGCUGAAGAUCUCAGCCAUUCCGGCUGCAUCCAGGAGCGGCCCGGGAGCUUCCCCAACAGUGAACACAGACCCAGGGCUCCUACCCAAAUGGGGACGUGAACAAGCCGCUUCCCGCGAGACUAGGUGGAAGGGCCUCUCUCCCACCACGGCCUCUCUCCCACUGCUCCGUGGGUGCCGGUGUUUUCUCCUCCCGGGCUGCAGCACCCCACGCCGCGCUCUCCACGAGCUCCCGUCAUGGAAACACCUCCGCGUCCCACAGUUCACUCCCUGCUCACUCCUGAAACCUUUCCUCCCUGUAUCUCCCCAGGGAGCCCACGGGGUUUCCUCGGCUUCAGCGCCUGGUGGAGGCCUCAGCUCUUCAGCUGCCCAGGGCUGCUGUGCACCAGGCCGCAACCGCGCCCUGCUCACCAGAGAACAUACCGCCAUUACGAGAGACCUCACCCUACUCAGGAGAAGCCGCGAGCCGCUCACCAGAGGCCUCACCCCACUCACCAGAGACCUCAUCCAGUUCACCAGAGGCCAUCCGCACCCUUUCAUUAGAGGUCGCAGCUGCCAGCAUCCACGCUGAGGGUUGGUGUUUCUUCCCUCUCUGUAUUAGAGGUAUUUGAACCAGAGCGACUCCAUCUUGAAUAGGGGCUGGGGUAAAUGAGGCUGAGACCUAUUGGGCUGCAUUCCCAGGAGGUUAUGGCAUUCUAAGUCACAGGAUGAAACAGGAGGUCUUUGUGACCUGUAUCUUGUGCCAACCUCCUAUCUCAAGGUCUCAAGGUUGCACAGAAUGUCAGCAGCAGGACUUGUCAGUAGCCUGGAAUUUAUGUCGAUCAACUCUUUAUCUUGUGUCAAGAAUAUCUGGGCCAGUGCAACGUAAAAACACUCAGGAACAGAGAUGCAACACAACUCUUGCCCCUUCCUUCUAUCCUGUCUGAACACAUUCCUCACAAAAUAGGCUUAUCCAAAUAUUGGAAAUAAUGCUUUAUUCAGAUUAGAACACAUAUCCUGACAUGAAUUCUGAAGCUGUCAUCUGUAAAUUCAUGGCUUUUGCUGUAAAUUGGGGAUGAGGACAUCCUUUUCCUCUGGGUUCUAAGAAAUUCGUAAGUUAGAGAUAAACAGAGUCACAGCAGUUGCUUCAUCAUUGCCUGGAGCAAAUUCAAAUUUAUUGAAACCUUUAGGGCUUCCAGUAAGAUAAUUUAGCUACUCAGGUCUGAAGUCUACUCAGGCCUCCUACUCCUACUUCAAGUUAGCUGUUGGGACCUGCCUUUGGGGACAGCUGUGUCUGCAAUGCAGAGUCACAGUCAAUUUAUCUGGCCAGGUGGGGAGCACAGGGCUGCAUCCCUGGAUGAGACAGAUGGAAGGUUGCUUAAAGGGGCUGGAGCUGCAUGAUUGUGCUUAUUUCAGAAGUAACAGACCCAUAGCUCAACAUUCCAGAGCAUAUAUCAAGAGACCAGAGAUUCUGAACCCUCUAAGAAACAGUACUGUCAUGGCAGUUGUUAAAAUGCUAAAAUAUUUCUAGAGUGGUUUAUUAAGGUCUGUUGCCCCCAGGUUUCCCCAUGACCCAGAAACUAAGGGGUUAAUUAAUGCCAAGUAAGGCAGGGGCUUCUAGGGUCUGAUGAUCUGUAAGGCUACUAAGAACCUUGCACUUCAAUUCACUCCUGACUGCAGAGAGGAUUUACGGACACCUUCUUCUACAUUUCUACCUCAGUCUGUUGAGGAAGGACUUCCUGCCAACCUUCUUCUAGAUGAUUCUGCAACAAUGCCCAGGCUUUUUGCCUCUUUCUCCACACCUUGUGUUUUCUUUCUGGAGCACCUGAGUCUAUUCUGAUUGUGGAAUAUUGGCCAUAUUGUCAUCCCUAGUCACUGCUGGUUCCAGUUAACCCAACAGAGAACAGCCAGAGAGUCCCCCUCACCCACAUUCUUACUUCUUUCCCCAUCUCCCUAGGCCAUAGGGAACUUCUGGGGAACAUCUGUGGAGGUCCCAGCAUGCCAGCCCUAGGCCCUGCAUUUCAACCUUUGCCUGGCAGAGAGGACAGGGGUCCCAGUAGGGAAGAUUGUGCUCCUGGCAAUAGACAAAUGCCUGGGGUUCACGUGGCCAACAGGCCAGGGCUGUCCACCAGGGGCCAGUGUUAACUGGAGCUGCCUCUAUUAGCCAUUCAUAGAAACAGCCACCCCUACAGGAUGCUAGCUGUUAUGGGCCAGAGAAAUACAAGGAGAUCAGAUGGCACAGGUGGAUAAUAUUUUCAAGGUUACCUUUGGCCAAAUACAUGUCAGAUGCUUGCCUGCCCCAGGGACUAGUGCCCCAUCCCUUAAAGAGGAGUAGGUAUUCACCAGAUUUCCACAGGGAACAGCACAAAUUCAUGGGACACUUGAGUUUCAUAGGGAACUGUGAGUAGUAAGACAAAUUGUCAGGUCGUAGGGUGCAUACGGAGGAGUGCAGAGAAGAGAAGAUGAAGGCAGUAGACAAAGUCCUCAUCGUGAGGGGCCUUGCCUGAUGUUCUCAGGGGUUUUCAUUGUUUAUUGCAGCUCAGGAGUGGUGUAGCUAGGAAAGGUUUAAUUCAGACGGUUGACACAAUGAGAUGUGUGUUUUGGAAAACACCUUGUUGCAGGAACUAAAAGAAGGAUACAAUGGCGUGAACCCGGGAGGCGGAGCUUGCAGUGAGCCGAGAUCGCGCCAUUGCACUCCAGCCUGGGCGACAGAGCGAGACUCCGUCUC